UUUUAAAAAAUACACAUUCUUACUAUAUAAAUUAUGGCAUUUCUUUUCAGGAAGAUCUGUGGAAUUCGUUUUGAUAGAACUUUAUAAAAUACUUCUAUUUUCUCUAGGUGGAUGGUACUAGGCAUUGCCAUGGUACGUUUUUAUAUGGAAAAAGGAACACACAAAGGUUUAUAUAAAAGUAUUCAGAAGACACUUAAGUUUUUCCAGACAUUUGCCUUGCUUGAGAUAGUCCACUGUUUAAUUGGAAUUGUACCUACUUCUGUGCUUGUGGCUGGGGUCCAAGUGAGUUCAAGAAUCUUUAUGGUGUGGCUCGUCACUCACAGUAUAAAACCAAUCCAGAAUGAGGAGAGUGUGGUGCUUUUUCUGGUCGCGUGGACGGUGACAGAGAUCACUCGCUAUUCCUUCUACACAUUCAGUCUUCUCAACCACCUGCCAUACUUCAUUAAAUGGGCCAGAUACAAUUUUUUUAUCAUCUUAUACCCUGUCGGAGUUGUUGGUGAACUUCUUACGAUACACGCUGCCUUACCCUAUGUGAAGAAAACAGGAAUGUUCUCAAUAAGACUUCCUAAUAAAUACAAUGUCUCCUUUGACUACUAUUAUUUUCUUCUUAUAACCAUGGCCUCUUAUAUACCAUUGUUUCCACAACUCUAUUUUCAUAUGUUACGUCAGAGAAGAAAGGUGCUUCUUGGAGAGGUGAUUGUCGAAAAGGAUGAUUAAGUGAUCCCUACGAACAAGGUGCUUUUUCCAGAACAGCCAGGAUUACUUGAGUCCAAGUUUUAAUAACAAGAAUAAACAACUUCAUGAAAUAGUAUGGAUUGUAUAAUUUCUUAAAAUAUAACUCGAGACACGUGGUGUUUGCCAAUACCUGUGUUCAUACUGUGUCAGGUCCAUUUUCUACAGGAACUAUGCAAGUAUUUAUCAACUGCUGGGUAGGCGGUGAUCAGUAAGAAAUUAAUUGGGUGUAUUACCUGGGGGGAAAAAAAACCAAACUUUUGCUAGGCUUUUAGUUUUUUAGUUUUACUAAAUUUUUUUGCAACAUAUGUUCAAAGCUUUUUAAAUCAAUAGUUAGAAAUUAGUUUAAUGAUUUACCAUUAUGAUACUUGCCAAGUGAUAUUUACAAAUGCAACUAAAUACAGAAUUAUAAUAAUUUGUUAAUAAUGUAUUGGUCUUUCUUAACCAAGGAUUUAUUUCUCUCAAGUUGUAAGGCAGAAUUUUUGAUGAAUGAUGAUUUUUGGAAACACGAUGUGGUCAGUCUUUUCAACUCGAAGGAUUUUAAGGAAUUCAAAAGAAUGUAAGGAUGUACUUGGCCUCACUUGUGAAAAAAAAAAAUUGGGUCUGAUGGUAACAUUGGGUUUGUUCCACUCAAAACUUUGGCUGAAAAAGGCCACUUUAUACUGUGGAAUCAUCUAAUGAAAAUCAUCUUAUGAUAACCUCUUUGUAGUACUUAAGUAACAGAAAGUUUUGGUAUGAUCUGAAAUAGACAUGUUUUAUUCUGAAUUCCAUUGAACAGGAAAAAGUCUUAUGAUAAUGCUUCUGUCCACAUGUUUAAUAGAAAGAUACACUGAAGAUACCCUGAUAGUGCUUUUAAUUCUUUAAAUACGUCCUUUACAGAUUCCCCCCACCCCCUACUGAGGUCUGCUGCUUUACUGGCCUGGUUUAGAGAGAAUAUUAAAUAGGUGAAUUUAAAAGACAAGGAACUUGUAUGCCUGCCAUAAAUAUGUAGGUGUAAUUUUGGCUUAAAGUGUUCUGUAUCUGUAUUUGCAUUUACAAUCAGUGUAUAACAUCACACUUUUCAAAAUUACUUGUCUUGUGUUACCACCUUUUCAAAUUAUUUCAUGUGGAGAUUCAGAAUAGUUUUGCAAACUUACAUUUUAGAUAACUUGAUUUUAAAAGGUGCUAUUUCUUUUAUUACAUUACAUCUUAACAUUUCCUCCGCAGCUGAAUGCUUUAACGAGCAACAUGUAUUAGAUUAUUAAUUCUCAAAGAUGCUGGUGUUCAUUCUGCACUUACAUGCCUUGAUCUGUCUUCAUCUUGAGUUUUUAUACAGAAGAAAUUUUCAGGGAAUGUUCCCAUUUGCUAACAUAGUGUAAGAAGUUUGCAUAUCUGUUAUGUGCCUGUCUUAUGAAAGCUAUUUUAAAUCCUCUUCCUGCAACUUGCAUUAAUUCAACUUGUGCUCCCUACCAGCAGCUGUAAUACUUUUUUUUUUUUCUGAAGUUGUGGAAUAUCCUGAAAUAGGAAUUGUGAUCAACUUUAAUAAAAAUGAAAAUGUAUCAAACUCA